GAGGUUCAUUUAUUGACUUAUGUUGUUUAAUUUGCCAUUGAUGUUCAAGCUGUAGAAAAUGUUCAGUUUUAUGACACAUCACCAGAGCCAGAGAUAGUUUUAAUGCUGGUCCUGCUAACAGAAGUCUGAACACAGUUGCAUGCUUUUAUUAGCUAACAAUAUCAGUGAUAAAUUAAAAACUGGUGCAUAUUGAUAGUUGGAUGAUAAUGUUGACUAAUAAAACUCUUUCUGAAGUCACUGUUCACUGUGGUGCGCAUGCGUUUAACGGUGCCAUGAAGGUAAAGGUGAUCUCCAUACUGGAGGACAACUACAUGUACCUGGUGAUUGAGGAGCAGAGUAAACAGGCCAUAGCUGUGGACCCUGCUGUACCACACCGGCUGCUAGAAAUAGUGAAGAGAGAGGGCUUGUCUCUGACAGCUGUCCUCACCACACACCAUCACUGGGACCAUGCUCGGGGGAAUGAGGCUCUGUUGAAGGAGGUUCCCGGGCUGAGGGUGUAUGGGGGAGACGAUCGGAUCGGGGGUCUGACGGAUAAAGUCACCGACGCCCAAGAACUCAAGUUUAACUCCAUCAAUGUGAGGUGCCUAUUCACUCCCUGCCAUACCUCUGGGCACAUGUGCUACUUUGUUUGGGAGGAUGAGUGCACUGACGCCCCUGCUGUGUUCACAGGGGAUACAUUGUUUAUCGGUGGAUGCGGGCGGUUUCUUGAGGGCACGGCAGAACAGAUGUACCACAAUCUCACCAAGGUGCUGGGCUCCCUACCUCAAGACACGAAGGUGUUCUGUGGACACGAGUACACCAUUAAGAACCUGAAAUUUGCCAUGCUGGUGGAGCCAGAGAAUGAAAAGGUUAAAGAGAUGCUGAGCUGGGCCAGGGCGAGAGAUGAUGAUGACAAACCCACAGUGCCGUCUACCCUAAUGGAGGAGUUUGAGUACAACCCUUUUCUUCGCCUCUCAGAGGAAGGAGUACAAAAGUUCACUGGAAAGACAGACCCAAUAGAGGUGCUGAGGGUCCUGCGGAAGGAGAGGGACACAUUUAAGAAGCCCAAGCAGAGACUUCCUCCCCAUGCCAUGUUGGCUUUGGAGUGGGGGCUUCUCAGACCCUGAGAUCCAGUUUCAGAGAUCUGAACAUACUCAACUAUCAAGGAGAGAUAGUCUGAAUGACUGACUGCAGCAAGACACAACUCUGUAGUGUGUGUUAUUUGUUGCUCUAACCCUCAAUGUAACCAAUGUAUACUGCUGGGAACCUGGUUGACCCUAAUGUGUGUGUUGUUUUAGUAAUAAUGAAACAAUGACUGCACAAAGAAGCCAGUGUAAAGCUGCUUUCAUUGAAUAUUCCUACAAGCUAAAUUAACGAAGGGCUGGUCUCCCAGUCUGUUACGCACAAACUAACUGCACCAGGUAACGUCUGCUAAUACCAGUUUCCUUUCAAAAAAUAGAUACUGUGUUUUGUGUAUUUAUUGCUUUAAAUAACUGAUUUUGGGAGAAAACUACGCUUUAUUUCUUUAUAACUUAUUUGUAUUUGAAUGUUUAAUUUUCUUGAUAUGCACUUAUUUUGUCUGGUAACCUUGUUACUGCCAGUGCAUUUUACUUUACUUUUUUUUUUACUAAUUUCAGUUUGGACAUACUGUAUAUAUACUGUACAAUUGCUCUCUUUCUUGCGUUUGCAGUUGGACACAAUUGAUUUACUGUAAAAAUACAAUUUAAGUAAAUUUAGACUGCACAUACACAUACCUUUGGAACAGUAGUAUGAUAUGUUGCACUCAUACAUUGUACAAGGUUAGAAGAAACAUGCAGUGUAUAUCAUUAUGAAAUGUAAAUUAUUGCUUCCCAAAGUGAGUAAAUCCUCAUUUUGCAAGAGCCUAAAAUAGAGUCAGAGUCAAGAUUAUUCAAUAAAAGAUAUGUCUGAAACAUUAUUCUGUUGGAGAUCUUUUAAAAAGAACUUGCAA